AUGUCUGGCAUCACACCGUCAAAACCGUGGGACGGUACAAGAGAAUGGUUCUCACAACCAGUAGUCGCAUCUUUCAUUGCUGGAGGUGUGGCAGGUGCUGUAUCGCGAACCGUCGUGUCACCACUUGAGCGUCUCAAGAUUCUCUUCCAGAUCCAGAGUGUCGGACGUGAAGAAUACAAAAUGUCAAUAGGCAAGGCUCUGGGCAAGAUGUGGCGCGAAGAAGGAUUCCGUGGGUUCAUGGCAGGCAAUGGUACAAACUGCAUUCGCAUUGUGCCUUACUCGGCUGUGCAAUUUGGAAGUUACAAUUUCUACAAGCGGUUCUUUGAAGAUACCCCUGGUGCUCCCCUCGGUGCUAUUCAGCGUCUUUCAUGCGGUGCGAUCGCCGGUAUUACCUCAGUAGUAUUCACCUACCCCCUCGACAUUGUCCGAACACGACUCUCGAUUCAGUCAGCCUCGUUCGCAGGCCUAGAAAAAGCAGAAGCUGGAAAGAAGCUACCAGGAAUGUGGCCGACGUUGGUCAAGAUGUAUAAAACAGAAGGUGGUUUCUUCGCGCUGUACCGCGGUAUAAUCCCAACAGUUGCUGGUGUUGCGCCAUACGUUGGACUGAACUUCAUGGUCUACGAAACUGUUCGCAACUCGUUUACCCCAGAAGGCGCAGACAAUCCCAGCGCUCUAGGAAAGUUAGGUGCAGGUGCUAUCUCAGGAGCUGUUGCACAAACAUGCACAUAUCCCUUCGACUUGCUUCGCCGAAGAUUCCAGAUCAACACCAUGUCAGGCAUGGGCUACCAGUACAAAUCGAUCUUCGAUGCCGUUAGAGUGAUUGUCAAGCACGAAGGUCUCAAGGGCCUUUACAAGGGCAUUGCGCCUAACCUCCUCAAGGUCGCUCCCAGUAUGGCUAGCAGUUGGCUGAGUUUCGAGCUCACGCGUGACUUCUUCGUUGGUCUAAAACCAGAAGUAUAA